CCGUUUAUCUCUUCCAGCCACGCCAACCUGCUCUUACAGGCUCCUCCCUUUGGGGGUGUGGUCUCGCAGCCUAAUUUUCAGCCCCGAACACUUUUGGUCAGUUAGCGAAUGCCUUGGCAUCACUCAAGUUCUGCAGUUGGAAUUUGUGCCGUGCUGAGGUGAACAUGAAGUUCUCUGUUGGCAUCUUUGUCCUGACCUGCUUCGCUCUGCUCGGACUUGGCUCGGCAAUUCGCUGUUACAGUUGCAAAGAUUACACGGCCAGCUGCUCCAAACAACGCGACUGCAGCUAUGAUGACGCCUGUCUGACGCUCACGGAGAGAGGAGGGAUGACCUAUCGCCAGUGCCUCAAGUAUUCAGACUGCGAGUACGGCCGACUGGGCCAGAUGUUCCCACAGGUGUCCAGUUUUACAUUCAAGUGCUGCAACUCGGAUCUGUGUAACUCCGCCCAUUCUGCCGCAGCAAGUUCUCUGAUUGGUGCGCUGGCGUCUGUGGUCGCCACAUGGUGGGUGACCCACUAACGCCGUCGGUUUGACGACCGAUCCCUGCUUCGUGCCAUGCCGUCAAUGUCCAGGUGGAGCUGAUUAUUGGUCGGUCUUUUUUUAAUUUUUAUAAAACUUCACUGAUGCAAGCAGAGUUUUCAUAUGGUCCAGAUUUCAUCAAUGUUAAACACAGAAAAAGAAAAAAAAAACAAGCAAGCACUUCAGGACAAGUCUCAUAGUGAUGAGGGCAUAGAUUUGUAACAUACUAUCACGAGUGUAACUGAGAGCACACCAAAAAUCACAUUUUUGUCUGUACCUUGGUUUUAAGGUCAUUCGAUAUGGUUAAGGGAAGAAAAAGCAAAAACAAACAGCUAAUUUAUUGCGUAACCCAACAGAUUGCAUGGCACUUAAAAGGAAAACAUCAACAGCCUGAAUAUUUUUCUUUUCGGAAAGAGCAACAAUAAUAAUUGGUCUUUAUUUCGGGAAAUGACGCCAAAAAUUUAACAAUUUAAAAUUUAAACAAAAGGUUGUUUAAAUGCAGCAGAAAAAAAACAACAACAACAUAUGGCUAGCCAUGAUGUCGUCCGCGAUUCAGAUACUGAGCUGCACUGUGUUUGUUUGCGGACCUGGCGUGUGGCUACUUCUCGUCCCUUACCUAACAUGUUCAGCGUGAUAAUUCCUCGAUCAUGUUUCAUAAUUGCCCCUGCAAUUGGUUGUUAUUUUACGGCUAGUUUUGAAACAUUACGUCGAGCUUUCGCAGGCCUCGAGUUCUGACACCUGUGCUUGUAAUGUUUAUGUAACGUUGUCAUUUUCCUUGUAACUACUGUCAACAAAAUAAAUGUGCGAGAUGUAAAUAA